CAGUUUCCAUUGCACAUGUCGCAAUUACUUCUUUUUUUUACGACAUGUCUUUUGUCGAAUAAGCCUGGGUCAAUGGAAACGUCCUACUGUCAUGUCAGUUUAUCUAUUCGUUAUUUAACGUAAUGAAAUUGACAUGAACACACGUUUUGUACAUAAGCUAUAUCCAGACAGAUCUCCAGUCCCUGCAUUUCCAGAGCUCACCCUCCGUCCCCCUUUAACCCCAACCCACACUGAUGGAGACAGAGCGGGAAGCCGACCUCCUGGAAGAGGAACCUCCUCAGGAGAAUGGGGUCAUCCAGAGCACCCAGGGCCUGUACAGCUCCACCUCCACUCCGGCCUCAGACGACGAGCCCUUCUCCACAUACUUUGAGGAGAAGGUGCCCAUUCCAGAGGAUGUCACCCAGAUGUUCAGUUUCCGUAAACUCUGGGCCUUUACGGGACCUGGUUUCUUGAUGAGCAUCGCCUAUCUUGACCCAGGGAACAUCGAGUCUGACCUGCAGUCUGGUGCUAAAGCUGGCUUUAAGCUCCUGUGGGUGUUGUUGGGGGCCACCAUCAUCGGCCUCCUCCUGCAGAGACUGGCUGCACGCCUGGGGGUCGUCACAGGGAUGCACCUCGCAGAGGUCUGCAACCGCCAGUACCCCACUGUUCCUCGUAUUAUUCUGUGGCUGAUGGUGGAGCUGGCCAUCAUCGGCUCAGACAUGCAGGAGGUCAUCGGCUGUGCCAUUGCCUUCAACCUCCUCUCUAUGGGCAGGAUUCCACUUUGGGGAGGUGUCCUCAUCACCAUCAUUGACACCUUUGUGUUCCUUUUUCUAGAUAAAUAUGGCUUGAGGAAACUUGAAGCCUUCUUUGGGUUUCUCAUCACCAUCAUGGCUAUAAGCUUUGGGUAUGAGUAUGUGAUGGUGCGUCCGGACCAGGGGGAGCUGCUGAAGGGGAUGUUUCUGCCGUACUGUGAGAACUGUGAUUCUGCCCAGAUGGAGCAGGCUGUGGGCAUCGUAGGAGCAGUCAUCAUGCCCCACAAUAUCUACCUGCACUCUGCCCUCGUCAAGUCUCGGCAAAUAGAUCGUGGGAACAAGAAGGAGGUGAAGGAGGCCAACAAAUACUACUUCAUCGAGUCAACUAUUGCUCUCUUCAUCUCCUUCCUCAUCAACGUCUUUGUUGUAGCAGUGUUUGCCGAGGCCUUCUACGACAAAACCAACAUUGAGGUGAAUGUAAAAUGCAAUGCAUCAGGCAGUCCUCACACAGACCUCUUCCCUCUGGACAACAGCACGCUACAGGUGGACAUCUUCAAAGGGGGGGUGGUGCUGGGUUGUUUCUUUGGCCCUGCGGCCCUCUACAUCUGGGCCAUCGGGAUCCUGGCUGCCGGACAGAGCUCCACCAUGACAGGCACUUACUCUGGCCAGUUUGUCAUGGAGGGUUUCCUGAACCUGCGUUGGUCCCGUUUUGCCCGGGUGCUUCUCACCCGCUCCAUCGCCAUCUUCCCCACCCUGCUGGUGGCCAUCUUUCAGGACGUGCAGCACCUAACGGGAAUGAACGACUUCCUCAACGUAUUGCAGAGCAUGCAGCUGCCAUUUGCUCUGAUCCCCAUCCUGACCUUCACCAGUCUGACAUCCAUCAUGGAUGACUUUGCUAAUGGACUGGUGUGGAAGAUUGGCGGAGGGGUGGUCAUCCUGGUGGUCUGUGCCAUAAACAUGUACUUUGUGGUGGUCUACGUGACCAGCCUGAACAGUGUGGCGCUCUACGUGCUGGUGGCCUUGCUCUGCAUAGCCUACCUAAGCUUUGUGUGCUACCUGACGUGGCAUUGUCUGAUAGCCCUCGGUGUCUCCUGUCUGGACGUGUCCUGUCUGGGCAGCAGGAUGAGUCUGAGGCUGACGGGCCACAUAGACGUUUACCUGCUGAAUGACAUGGACAGCAACACGAUGGUGGAGAGAUAAGGAGGACACGUUGGAGGGGUGGAUAUUAGCAGUGGUAAAGUCAGUAGCUAGACAGGGGUGACCUAACAUGGUGGAAGCAUGGGACCACAGGCUCAGCCAGUACAGUGCGCCUCCUUCUUUGCCUUAGUGCCAACGAGACCUUUGUAAGUGCCCUUCGUCAUCAUCUAUCCCUUACAAGAAACCUUGAACCCCUCACUUGACAUUCCACUAGGCAGGUAGCCUAACUAUGAUUGGCAUUAUCUUAAAGUUAGUAUCAAUGAGUUGUUGGUUUUUAUCAUGUUGAGCAUGCUUUUAAAAUUCUGCAAGUGCGCCGGCCUUUUCUCAGGUCAGCAUUUCCAUAUGACUUUGAAACGCUGUUAUAUUUUUAGAUGGGAAAUACACAGUAUGUAUUACACAAUUUGUUACCAAAAAGGCAAUUUCCUCCAAUUAAUAUGUAUGUACAGUACCAGUCAAAAGUUUGGACACACCUACUCAUUCCAGAGUUUCUUUAUUUUUACUAUUUUCUAUAUUGUAGAAUAAUAGCGAAGACAUCAAAACUAUGAAAUAACACAUAUGGAAUCAUGCAGUAACCAAAGAAGUGUUAAACAAAUCUAAAUAUAUGUUAGAUUUGAGAUUAUUCAAAGUAGCCACCCUUUGCACUCUCUUGGCAUUCUCUCAACCAGUUUCAUGAGGUAGUCACCUGGAAUGCAUUUCAAUUAACAGGUAUGCCUUGUUAAAAGUUAAUUAGUGACAUUUCUUUCCUUCUUAAUGCGUUUGAGCCAAUCAGUUGUGUUGUGACAAGGUAGGGGUGGUGUACAGAAGAUAGCCCUAUUUGGUAAAAGACCAAGUCCAUAUUAUGGCAAGAACAGCUCAAAUAUGCAAAGAAAAAAAACAGUCCAUCAUUACUUUAAGACAUGAAGGUCCGUCAAUCUGGAAAAUGUCAAGAACUUUGAAAGUUUCUUCAAGUGCAGUCGCAAAAAACCAUCAAGCGCUAUGAUGAAACUGGCUCUCAUGAGGACCGUCACACAAAAGGAAGACGCAAAGUUACCUCUGCUGCAGAGGAUAAGUUCAUUAGAAUUACCAGCCUCAGAAAUUGCAGCCAAAAUAAAUGCUUCACAGUGUUCAAGUAACAGACACAUCUCAACAUCAACUGUUCAGAGAAGACUGCGUGAAUCAGGCCUUCAUGGUCGAAUUGCUGCAAAGAGACCACUAAAAAAGGACACCAAUAAUAAUAAGAAACUUGCUUGGGCCAAGAAACACGUGCAAUGGCCAUUAGACCUGUGGAAAUCUGUCCUUUGGUCUGAUGAAUCCAAAUUUGCGAUUAUUAUUUUUUUUUUUCAACCGCCAUGUCUUUGAGACACAGAUUAGGUGAACGGAUUAUCUCUGCAUGUGUGGUUCCCACUGUGAAGCAUGGAUGAGGAGGUGUGAUGGUGUGGGGGUGCUUUGCUGGUGACACUAUCAGUGAUUUAUUUAGAAUUCAAGGCACACUUAACCAGCGAUACGCCAUCCUAUCUGGUUUGCGCUUAGUGGAAUUAUCAUUUAUUUUUCAACAGGACAAUGACCCAACACACCUCCAGGCUGUGUACAGGCUAUUUGACCAAGAAGGAGAGUGAUGGAGUGCUGCAUCAGGUGACCUGGCCUCCACAAUCACCCGACCUCAACCCAAUUGAGAUGGUUUAGGAUGAGUUGGACCGCAGAGUGAAGGAAAAGCAGCCAACAAGUGCUCAGCAUAUGUGGGAACUCCUUCAAGACUGUUGAAAAAGCAUUCCAGGUGAAGCUGGUUGAGAGAAUGCCAAGAAUGUGCAAAGCUGUCAAGGCAAAGGGUGGCUACUUUGAAGAAACUCAAAUAUAACAUUUUGAUUUAACACUUUUUUGUUUACUACAUCAUUCCAUGUGUUAUUUCAUAUUUUUGAUGUCUAAACUAUUAUUCUACAAUGAAGAAAAUAGUAAAAAUUAAAUAAAAUAGUAAAAAUAAAAACCCAUCAAUGAGUAGGUGUCAACGUUUGACUGGUACUAUAUGUUGUAGAUUUUUUUUAUUUAUGAGAACAAAUAACUUCACUUUGGUAAGAAUUGAGAAGAUAUAGAAUACUUAAAAGGGCCAAGUUGCUACAUAAAUUGUGUUGCAUAUAAAUUAAUAUACACUAAGUGUACAAAACAUUAGGAACACCUGCUCUUUCCAUGACAUAGAAGGACCAGGUGAAUCCAGGGGAAAGCUAUAAUCCCUUAUUAAUGUCACUUGUUAAAUCCACUUCAAAUCAGUCUAGAUGAAGAGGAGGAGACAGGUUAAAGAAGGAUUUUUGACAUUGAGGGUGAAUGGGCAAGACCGGUUUAAGUGUGUCGAGAACUGCAACGCUGCUGGGUUUUUCACGCUCAACAGUUUCCCAUGUGUAUCAAUAAUGGUUCACCACCCAAAGGACAUCCAGCCAACUUGACACAACUGUGGGAAACAUUGGAGUCAACAUGGGCCAGCAUCCAUGUGGAAUGCAUUCAAUACCUUAUGGAGUCCAUGCCCCAACGAAUUGAUGCUGUUCUGAAGGAAAAAGGGGGUGCAACUCAAUAUUAGGAAGGUGUUCCUAAUGUUUUGUGCACUCAUGGUAUAUCUAUUGAUUCUUGAAGAAUAUUGUUUCUUAGAAAUGCCUCAUGAGUUUAAUUCAACUGGUAUACCCCAUCAGAACCAAAAAUAUAAGCUUGUUUUACUGCAAUGUCUGGAAACAUUGUAAAGGUGAACAAACUCUGAAUAUCCUCGAUACGUGCUUAAAGCUAUCAUUUUGAUAUCUUGGAAGGUCAGGGCUUGCUUUAAUAGCUCGGUCUAUGAAUUUGCGUGGUUACAUUUCUCCAGGCCCAUACCUCAGCUUUUUACAAAACACAGGUGGGGUGACGGCUUUGUUAUUGUUUAGAAUGUCUUUUUUUUAAUCUAACUUCCUAACCUAAUUGGUCAGGCACUUGGAAUAUAUUGGCCACCAUCUUUAUUUAUUUUCAAAAGAUAUGCAUGCAUAUGCACCCACUGCCCUGCUUAAACUGGGACAGGGGCGCUCAAAAUAAUUAUACAUUUUAACAAAUGCAAUUUCACACCCAAGGCACAAAUAGAUAUAUUGGGAGUACUCAUUGAAAAUCUGUUGUAUAAUUUGACACUUUUACUAAUUUCCUGCUAUUUUGGUCAAAGCACCUCAGUAAACAUGUUGCUUUGGCUUUACAGUGAAAGGCAUCAAAGCCCCCGUCAUGCCCAAAUUAUCCCAUUACCUGAGGAUCAUUUAAGGGAAAGGACAAUGUGAUACUAACCUUUCUGUGAAAGCCAUUGUUUUUGUUUGUACAAAACUCUACCCAUUGAAGUGUAAGUUGUCUCCAAAGCCCAUAACAAAUGAAAGAUGUAGACCUUU